GCGUCGCAGCUCACAACAAUCAACUAGUGAUACCACAACGAAACUGAUAUGGAACACAUCGCACAUCUCGUCACUGGGUUGUGCUAUGCGCCGGCAGGCCUACUCUAUGGCUAUCUAUUGGUUUUGCCCAUAGCGGCGAACAAAAGUGUCGCUUGUCUGUACGAUGAAACGUUGUACUGGCCACACAUCAUCAUAAUCAUCGCCAUGAUCAUCACCGUUCUGGUCACGAAUGGAUUAAAGCUUAAUUAUGGCAAAACGCAGUUUGUCCACCUGUACCUAAACCUGGCCGCAGUAGUGAUUGCCCUCGCCGUAGGUCUCAUUUUUCUUCUGGCUGAAGAUGUUGUCCCAGCAAUUUACUUGGGUGCCGUUUCGGUUGGCUUAACACUGGUGCCGGGCCUGAGCUAUCUGCAUGUGCGCUGUAGAAAGCGCCACCGGGUGACCUACAUGUCACUGUGCACGUUUUGGUACCUGGUCGGUAUAGCCUCUCUGGCGACCAUGUCAGCGAUGGAUCAGGGCAACCAGGACACCCUGGACGAGGCGUACGAGCACCAGUUGCACCAAAACCUGGCUAUUUCGCUGCUGGCAUGCAGCGCCGCCCUAAUCACGUGCAUAGCGCUGGUGGAGAUGCUGCAGCGCGAAGCAUUUAUCAACUACCGGAAGCCGCUGGACUAUGAUACGGCUAUGGCGCACGACAGCGGAGAACUGCUGAAGCGCCACCAACGGUCACACCUGACGUUUUCGCGCUUCGGCCACAUCGCGGCACCGUUUGGAGGUAUCUCCUCGGAGCACAUGGUCGGCCCGUCGAUCAACCACUUGGGAGCCAGCCGGUACCGAACGCUGUGGACGGUGUACAGUAUCGCUACGAAGCUGAUCGGUUUGCUGGCCUUCUACUGGGUGCUGCUCUUCCUCGGCUUCCAGGCGAGUGUCGACUUGUUCGAGCAGUCCAACGCCUGGUAUGUCGUGUUCUGGAUUAUGGUGGCUGGAGCACUGUUUACUACACUGGCGACCGCCGUGCUCUCGACGAAGCUACUGUUCCUGUUCACCUCCAUUUUCUACGUCAUCAGUCUCGUGUUGAGCAUUGCCUUCUAUGCGUCCGAUCUGCUGCCCCUCCACUUUGGCAUCGCCAAGCUGGUGUUCUAUGCGUUCAUCGGCGCCACGCUCCCGCUGCCGGCCAUCAACAUUCUCGAACUGGCACCGCUCAACUACAACGAAACGGCGCUGGCCUUCGGCACCACCCUGGAGCUACUAGCGGUUGCCCUGCUCCAGUACUACGGCAGCUUCGACGGGAAGCUGUUCGGUAUGGAAGAGGUGGGCGCUAUCGGUAUCGAUGUGCAGCUGGCCUCGAACCACACCGACAUUAUCAUCGUGCACUACGUGGUGGCGAUCGUCCUAGGGCUCGGGUUUGCCGUCAUCGUGCUCUGGCACAUGCCGGUCACACACCGCAAGUCGCUGCCCGAGAUCGAGAGCGACCUUGGGCAGAUGCGUUCCUACUUUGCCUUCAGCCGCACCAUGGUGCCAGUGCACGAGCCGUCCACCCAGGCCAAUGGUGCAGCACGCAACGGCGAUAUCGAUGCCGGCAACAACAACCUGUCGAACACGGCACAACCCAUACCACCGGCAAGCGAACGACGGACGCUGGAGCUGGAUGAUGAGGCGAGCCAAGCUAGCAACCGGUUCACCGACUUCGGCGCCAAAUCGCACGAGCCGCACGAAGCACAGUACGAUGACGGGCCGGGCAGUCGGGCGUUCAAUGACUUCGAUUUGGACGACGGGCACAUGGCCUCGGCGUACGGGGCGAAAAACUUUGUCGACGUCCCGUACUCGCACGGUGCUGCUGCAUCGGACAGGACCGGACCGAGCCUGCUUUACACGGGGCACCAGAACCAGCGUGCACUCAGCUCGCCGCCGCCGCCGCUGAACACCGCGGCUGAGGAUCUAGCCGAGGCAGUUCGUGCGCAGCCGCUCUUCGCCGUCUACGACGCGCAAAAACGGGAAGCUCCCGCUCCGCCACCGCUACCGCCGGCAGGCUAUCUCACCAAGUCGCUGCCCCGGGUGAAGGCGGUGCGGCAGUCACGCAUUCCACCAAUCGUUCCGAAACCCAAGCAGCAGGAAGCGGUGGUCGUGCCGGGUGUCGAAUAUCUGCCCAACCUUGUGCCAAGUCAUUUUUUGCGCCAGUCACUGCAAAACACGCAACUGUUCCAUUAGUCCACGUGCGGCGCGUUUCGAAACGCUAGAGAGAAGUGGAGAUGUAACGAUUGGUACGGAUUGAUUCGUUCGAGUUUCGGUGACUGGCUUUUGAGCGUGUUUACCGAAGAGAGCGAUUCGCUUAGCUUCCUAUCGGAUGAGCGCGAUAAAUUCCCCAUUGCCUCCAAUUGAUUGGAUCAGUUCUCGUCUGAAGAGCACCUCGGCAAUCAGAACACACCACACGUUGUGCCAUGACUUGUCCCAAUCCAUCCCGAACCCGAAUGUACGGAAUGUGAACCCAAAAAUCAUAUUCAACAUCGUAGCUUUCGACCCCGAGAACACCGAGGUAGCCCAUCCAAGCCCACGUUCUUCCACAGUUGAACAAAGCGUGGCGGUUUAACAGAGCAAAAUUCAACUGCUCGCACCAGUAAUGGGCACAUCUUCAGCCAUGCAUCCUCCAGUAAUAGCAUCACUCCGCUAUUGUAUUCCGCCCACGGAAUUGAGAUACCCUUUCUUCUAUCUUAACCGCUCCGCCUCUCUAUCUCUCUGUUUCUCUCUCACACAUACAC